AUGGAUAUCGCCACCGACCUCCGUGACAUCAUAGAUUGCCAGCCCACAGAAGCCCCUUAUACUGCCCUAAUUGAGGCCCUCAUUUCCCGCAUUUCCUUGUCAACACAAAAACGUCUGCAAAGUUUAAUUUCCGAGGAGGACCUCGGUGGCAGGAAGCCUACGCAGCUUCUUAGGAGUUUGGAGCAGUUGGCAGAUGGACAAAAGCUAAAUGCCAGCAUAUUCAAGCAGCUUUUUCUCCAACGGUUACCUCCUUCUGUGCAAGCCAUCCUUGCGCCUAAUAUUCCUUCUUCGACUGUUCAGAUGCUCGCGGAUACUGCUAACGUUAUAAUCGAGUACUACCAGCCUCCUGUUACGGUGAACGUCGCUAGUCGCAGCACAAUUACCCCCACAAUCGUGGAUGUUGUCAAACGCCCGGAUGCCCUCACUCUUGAAGUUUCCCAGCUCCGGGCCACUCGUGUCUACAACUCUCGUAGUCCUGCAAUUUCUCGCCGCCCGAGAUCUCCCACUACAAACCAACCUACAGUUGAUGGUUUAUGUUGGUAUCAUCACAAUUAUGGUUCUAACGCCCAUCGCUGCCACUCCCCGUGCAAGUACAAGACACCCGCGUUGGAAAACCCGCCUGCCGACCAGAAAGGACAACGAACGUGGUCGGCACAUCCUCUCCCAGUCGCUUACUCCACAUCUAUGACAGGACUUCCUGUCGUAAUUUUCUCGUGGAUACUGGUGCGGAGAUCGGUCUUACCCCAUCCACUUUGACUGAUCAUAAGUCGCCGAACUUCGUUUUUCUCCAAGAAGCUAAAAAGACUUCUAUUACAACUAUUGGUCAACGAUUCAUACUCAAAAAUAAAAUAAAACUGCAGGCAUUUAAAAUGUGAUUGGGUCACAGUUCAAUGGUAAUCAUAAGGUAAUGCCUGGGGUCACUGUAAUUUAGUGCGGAAGAUUGUACAUGACAGAUUUUACAAAACUGGCUGUGCAUAGUCAUGCUGUACAAGCCGAGUUCUGUCGAAAACUAGAAGAGCAAGUUUUCUUUCAAACACACAAACUGUGUCAGCCGUCACCAUCUCGCUCGGAAGCGAGUUCCCCGGCCUGACAACCCGCUGGCUGAAUGAAAAUUUUCGUCGGUCUAAACGCGUGCGCUCAUUCCCGACUUUGUAUGCAUGGCCGCGUAGUUGGUUUGUACGGGCGAACUCAAAGAAGUCCUCUGCUCUUAAUGAGCAACCCUGGCCGCGCACAAUCCGGAACGUCCAGAGUAGACUGCAGUUUAUUUGUCUAUACGAGAGAGGGAAUGGGCCAAGGAAAUUCAGCCUCUCCUGAUAAGACAAAUGCUUUAGACCGUCGACCAUCUUUGUCGCUCUGCGUUGCACAUGUUCGAGUAAGUUGAUAUCCUUCCUCAUCCAUGGUGAAGCUGCUGGCAUUGCAUACUCUAGAUGAGGUCUUACAAAGACACCAAAGAGUCUUUCGAAGAGUUCGGGAGGAAAUAUUUUAAAUGCACGUCUUAUCCAGUGUAGAGUACUAGUUGCCUUCUGGACCAUCUUUCUACAGUGUUCUGAUGGCGAUAGAUUUGUGGUCGUCCAUACACCCAGAUCUCUGUGUCUUUCCACAGUUUCUAACCUCGUCCCGUCAAUAUAGUACUGGUGUUUGGGAGAGGCAUUGCGGCCGGUGUUCAGGUGCAAAACCACGCAUUUGGACACGUUAAACUUCAAAAGCCAUCUGUUCGACCAAGCACACAGUUUGUUGAUGUUCGACUGCAACUUCUCUGCGUCAUCAUUACACUUGAAUUCACUCCACAUUUUUAUGUUAUCCGUGAACAUGAGAGCCUCGCAAAUUCACUUUGCUGAUGCAGUCAGUAACAUAAAUCAGGAAGAGUACUGGGCCUAAGACAGAACCCUGUGGGACACCACUUUCCACCUUUAACUAUUCCGAGGUAGAAUUACUAACGACGACUCUUUGUAGUCUGGAUCCACUUAAACAUUCUUCCUUGAAUUCCUACAUCCCAGAUCUUCUGUAAAAGAAGCCUGUGUGGGACAGUCAAAGGCCUUCUUGAAGUCAAAAAAUAUGACAUCUACCGGAAAACCCUUAUCGGUAGCUCGUGUCCAUUUCUCGUGUGAGUAAAUAACACUGCUUAAGCAGGAGCGCUCUGGACGAAAUUCGUGUUGGGCAUCGCACAAUAUUUUGUUCUGUUCCAGGUAUUUCAUCAAGUGUCUUUUGAGAAUGCGUUCCAUUAUUUUACACGCGAUCCAAGUAAGACUGACAGGACGAUAAUUUCCACAGUCAAGUCUUGAGCCUCCUUUAUGGAUCGGAGUAAUGAGUGCGCACUGCCACUCUUCCGGGAGCUCGCCGUCUUCAAAUGACUUUUGAAAUAUUGCUUAUAAGGGUUUGCACAGUUCAUUAGCAAAUUCACGAAGUGCUAGGGCGGGAAUUCUAUCUGGGCCAGUCGAUUUCGCAUGUUUCAGCCGGAGUAACUCGGCCCUUACUAUGGUAGAUGAAAAGAGUGGUUCCUCGGUUAAGGAGGGUAGUGAGGGGAUAGGAGAGGGAAGGGUACUGGGAGGAGAGGUUGCUUGGCGAAUGGAUGGAUGGGCAAAUAUAGAACUAGGUUCUCGGGUGAAGACGGACUGAAAGAAGUCGGAAAGGAGGGACGCUUUAACCUGGUCAUCAAUCUCCACUUUUCAAUCUGCAGACCUAAGGGCAGGGAUCAGCUCCUGAGUCCUUUUAGUACUUCGUACAUAACCGUAUAGAAUUUUCGGAUGCUCCAACGAAUUUCGGAGUAUGUUCAGUUCAAACUUCUUUUGCAGCUUUGAGGCCUCACUUUUACAGACGUUUCGUUGCCGCUUAUAUUCCUGUAAGUGCUCAUCGGAGCCAGUUAGUCUGUAACCCCUCCACAGACGAUUUCUUUCUCUGAAAGAUGCCUUCAAGCCCGGGUUUAUCCAUUUUGGGAGGUUUGUGAUUGUCUUCCUUCUGAGAGGACAAUUGGAAUAAACAAUCUCUUUCAGUAAGGAACUGAAAGUAUUCCAGUUGUCGUUUGCUCGACCAUGCAGUUCAGUCUCCCAUGAUAUAGCUGGCGCUUCCCUCCUCAUGAGAGAAUAGUCCCCUUUCCAAAUGUUUCUCUCCCACCUCUCGGGUUGGACGGGUUUGGAAAACAGUGAGAACUCGAAGUAGAGCGUGAUGUGGUCGCUUGACCCUAAUGGCUGUCGGUCCUGCAGGUCUAACACAUUUUCCUCCUCUCGGGUAAAAAUAAGAUCAAGGCAGUUCGACUGCUGUCCUUCCCUGACCCGCGUUCCAAAGGUAACAUUCUGGCAGAGAAGUUUGUCCGUUGCCCAUUGAAGUAGUUUGUGAUUAAAGCUGUGUUGUGGCCUUUGUGCAGUCCACGUUAGCCAAUCAAUGCCAGGAGCGUGUUAAGCCGUGUUUAGCCGUCCCCGUCGUUUAGUCGCCGAUACGUUAGCUAUAGCCGAGACUGAAUUCAGUCACAUGAUGGAUCUAGGCAUAAUCAGACCUUUAACUAGUCCAUUGUCUGCACCUCUACAUAUGGUGUGCGAAAAGUCUCUCGUUGACUGGCGCCAUGCGGGGAUUACCGACGGUUAAACACCUGUACUGUGCCUGACAGGUAUCCACUUCCCCAUCUCCACGACUUUUCAUCUAGCCUAGCUGGAGCAACAAUAUUUUCCAAUAUCGACUAAGUCAAAGCUUUCCAUCAGAUACCCGUUGCUCCAGAAGACGUUCCCAAAACGGUGAUUACAAAACCGUUUGGUUUGUUUGAGUUUGUCAGGAUGCCUUUUGAGCUACUCAACUCCACUCAAACUUUUCAACGUUUCAUCAACGAAGCCCUUCGCGAUUUACCUUUCGUUUUCGUCUACGUCGACGAUGUUUUGGUGGCCAGUUCCAGUGAAUACGAACAUCUACAACAUUUUCGUCUCAUUUUUGGACGAUUGAACCAAUUUGGCGUUUUCAUUAAUGCUUCGAAAUGCUUUUUGGUGAACAGUCUCUGUCUUUCCUAGGACAUCGCGUAGAUGCUUCUGGUUGUCAUCCCAUAGAUGCCAAAGUUUCAGCUAUUCGCGAUUUUCCUACUCCCAAUUAUUUUCAACAAUUGCGUCGUUUUGUAGGCCUUGUCAAUUUCUAUCGACGUUUUAUACCUCAUUGUGUUCAAUUAAUGUUAUCAACUACUUACCUUUCACGCGGGAAUAACCGUGAGUUUUCUUUUCCUGACACAGCUUUAGAGGCUUUCAAUCGUGCCAUGAAGGUUCUUGCGGAUACAGCUGCCUUUUUUCACUCUAUACCUGAUGCCCGACUUUCCAUUGUGGCCGACGCCUCCAAUUUCGCUAUAGGUGCUGCCCUUCAGCAACAGACGCCCACUGGUACACAGCCCUUGGCUUUCUAUCCUGCCAAAUUGACACUCCCACAAACUCGCUAUAGCACUUUUGGUAGAGAACGUCUUGCGAUUUAUUUAGACAUUAAACAUUUUCGUAAUUAUAUUGAGGGCCGAGAUUUUUGUAUUUAUACUGACCACAAGCCUCUUACUUAUGCCCUUUCUAUUUCUUCCGAAAAGUAUUCAUCCGCGAGGCCCGCCAUCUCGAUUUUAUUGCUCAGUAUACCACCGACAUUCGAUUUCUUAAAGACCUUUAUAAUCAAGUUGCUGACUGUUUUUCUCGGCCUGGCAUUAAUGCCAUCAACCGCCCUUCCAUCGAUUUGGAGCGCAUAACAGAACUGCAAAACCAGCCGACUUUCACUGAGAGCCUUCAACACACUAGUCUUCAGCUCGAGGCCAUUCCUCUUUCCACGACCCCCGGUACAAUUUUGUUUGACGUAUCGCGCGGUGCCUCCCGACCCGUAGUGCCAAGCGAGAUGCGACGAGAUUUUUUAGUCGCGUUGCAAAAUCUGGCUCACCCUGGCAUUCGCACUAUCCAGCGCCUCGUCAGCGAGUGUUUCGUCUAG